AUGGGGGGUGUUACUUCUUCUAUGGCUGCAAAACUGGCUUUCUUCCCGCCAAACCCACCGUCGUACAAGGUUGUGAAGGAGGAAGGCACAGGGGUGUUGGUGUUGGACCGUUUCCCACGCCGUGAGAAUGUGGAAGUUGUGAAAUUUCCGAGUCGGCGUGGAGCUGAGAUCGUGGCCGUGUAUGUGCGACACCCAAUGGCGAAAUCCACCGUUCUUUAUUCACACGGGAAUGCCGCUGAUAUCGGUCAGAUGCACGAGCUCUUCAUCGAGUUGAGUACCCGCUUGCGUGUUAAUCUCUUGGGAUAUGAUUACUCUGGUUAUGGGCAGUCAUCGGGUAAGCCAAGUGAGAAUAAUACUUAUGCUGACAUUGAAGCUGCAUAUAAGUAUCUUGUAGAGAACUAUGGUACUAAGCAGGAAGACAUAAUCCUUUAUGGUCAAUCUGUUGGAAGUGGUCCUACUUUAGAUCUUGCUGUUCGAUUGCCCGGACUAAGGGCUGUUAUUCUCCACAGUGCUAUACUAUCAGGGUUGAGAGUCAUGUACCCUGUGAAACGGACAUACUGGUUUGACAUUUACAAGAACAUUGAUAAAAUUCCAUUGGUGAAGUGUCCAGUGCUAGUAAUGCAUCUGAUGAGGUUGUUGAUUGCUCUCAUGGGAAGCAGCUGUGGGAACUUUGUCAAGAGAAAUAUGAACCUUUGUGGCUCAAAGGAGGCAACCACUGUAACCUGGAAACCUAUCCGGAAUAUGUCCAACAUCUCAGAAAAUUCAUAUUAACAAUAGAAAAGCCACCAUCGCAAAGACUAAGUUUUAGGAAAAGCAUAGAUAGAUUUGAAGAAGCCAUAGGAAGUAUUGAUUGUUUUGAAGCUCCAAGGAUGAGUACUGAUCUGAGGGACAAACCAAGGAAAAGCAC